CCCGUUGGUAGCCGACACCCCUUGGGCACGACAGCUGCUCCAGCUGCUCCUGGUCGGGUUGAGCUUCUGAGCUCUGAGCCGUGGCUGCCCCGGGCGGUGGGCGAGCUGAGGGGAUCUCAGGGCCACCCGCAAGGGACCGACGGGGAGCUGCCAGCCGUGGGUAGGGAGUGUGGGCCACCAAGGGACCAGUCACUGGAGCCACCCGGCGAGGUGCCGAAGCUGUUUUAAAGUGAUUGGUAGAGAUUUAAGAAGAGCUGGGAGGAGUUCUCGGGCAUUGAUGUUUGGACUGUUCUGAUUUCUGGUAGCUUCCUAGCCCAAAGCUUGUGCCGUGAAAUCUGAGACUUUGACCCAGAUAAUAUGAUAUGAACUUCCUGUGAGUUGGGGCCAUAUCCUACUUAGAUGAACGUGGGAUUUUCAGAUUUACUGAGAACUUGGUACUGUACACACGUUUCUUGCUCAUUUGGCAAAGGUGACCAUGCCAUCUCUGCCUCAAGAAGGGGUUAUUCAGGGAUCCUCUGCCCUGGAGCUGAAUACAGAGUUACCUUAUCAAUGCACAAUGAAAAGGAAAGUCAGAAAAAAGAAAAAGAAGGGAGUCAUUACAGCAAAUGUUGCUGGGACAAAGUUUGAAAUUGUUCGUUUAGUGAUAGAUGAAAUGGGAUUUAUGAAAACUCCAGAUGAAGAUGAAACAAGUAAUCUUAUAUGGUGUGAUGCCGCCGUUCAGCAGGAGAAGAUCACAGAGCUACAGAACUACCAGAGGAUCAACCAUUUUCCAGGAAUGGGGGAGAUCUGUAGGAAGGAUUUCUUAGCAAGAAAUAUGACCAAAAUGAUCAAGUCUCGCCCUCUGGAUUAUACGUUUGUUCCUCGAACAUGGAUUUUCCCUUCUGAAUAUACUCAAUUCCAAAACUAUGUGAAAGAAUUGAAGAAAAAAAGGAAGCAGAAAACUUUUAUAAUAAAACCAGCUAAUGGUGCAAUGGGUCAUGGGAUUUCAUUGAUAAGAAAUGGGGAUAAAAUUCCAUCUCAGGAUCAUUUGAUAGUUCAAGAAUACAUUGAAAAGCCUUUCCUAAUGGAAGGCUACAAGUUUGAUUUACGGAUUUAUAUUUUGGUUACAUCCUGUGAUCCAUUAAAGAUAUUUCUCUACCAUGAUGGGCUUGUGCGAAUGGGGACAGAGAAGUACAUCCCACCAAAUGAGUCCAACUUGACCCAGUUAUACAUGCAUCUGACCAACUACUCUGUGAACAAACAUAAUGAGCGGUUCGAACGCAAUGAAACCGAAGACAAAGGCAGCAAACGUUCAAUCAAGUGGUUUACAGAAUUCCUACAGGCCAAUCAACAUGAUGUUUCUAAAUUCUGGAAUGAUAUUUCAGAAUUGGUGGUAAAGACGUUGAUCGUAGCGGAGCCCCACGUCCUGCAUGCGUAUCGGAUGUGCAGACCUGGUCAGCCCCCAGGAAGCCAAAGCGUCUGCUUCGAAGUCCUGGGGUUCGACAUCUUGUUGGAUAGAAAGCUAAAGCCGUGGCUUCUGGAGAUUAAUCGAGCCCCAAGCUUUGGAACUGAUCAGAAAAUAGAUUAUGAUGUGAAAAGGGGAGUUCUGCUAAAUGCGCUGAAGCUACUGAACAUCAGGACCAGUGAUAAAAGGAAAAAUUUGGCCAAACAAAAAGCCGAGGCUCAAAGGAGGCUAUAUGGUCAAAAUCCAAUAAAGAAGAUUUCACCAGGCUCCUCCGACUGGGAACAGCAGAGGCACCAGCUAGAGAGGCGGAAAGAAGAGUUGAAAGAGAGACUCGUUCAAGUAAGAAAGCAGGUUUCGCGAGAAGAACAUGAAAACCGACACAUGGGGAAUUACAGGAGAAUUUAUCCUCCUGAAGAUAAAACACUGCUCGAAAAGUAUGAAAGUUUGCUGGCUGUUGCAUUCCAGACAUUCCUUUCAGGAAGAGCAGCUUCGUUCCAGCGAGAACUGAACAAUCCUCUGAAAAAGAUGAAGGAGGAAGAUAUUUUGGAUCUCCUGGAACAAUGUGAAAUCGAUGAUGAAAAAUUGAUGGGAAAAACUACCAGAAUUCGAGGACCAAAGCCCCUGUGCUGCAUGCCUGAGUAUGUGGAGGUAAUGAAGAAGCAGAAGUAUUACAACAGCAGCGAGAGCAGCUAUGACAGCAGCAGCAGCAGCAGCAAUUCCGAAUUGGAUGAGAAUGAAAAAGAACUGUGUCAGAAGAGACGAGAACAAGCCCCGUAUAACCUUAAACACACCAGUCACUGCAAACUAAUUCAACAAUCCAAUUCCAUGAGGCGUUCGGUCAGCUGCCCUCGGUCCAUCUCUGCUCACUUACCUUCCAGUGGGGACGCGCGCCCCUUUUCUUCUCAACAAGUGAUACCAUUAGCGCGACCAACGUCAGCAUCUCGGUCACAUUCCUUAAACCGUGCUUCCCCCUACAUGAGACACCUGCCUAACAGUAACGAUGCCAGCUCUACCAACUCCGUGGUGAAUGAGUCUUUGCGGCAAUUGAAAACAAAAGAACAGGAAGAUGACCUCACAAGUCAGACCUUGUUUGUUCUCAAAGACAUGAGGAUCCGCUUUCCAGGGAAGUCAGACGCAGAGUCAGAGCUUCUGAUAGAAGAUAUCAUGGAUAACUGGAAGCAUUAUAAAACAAAAGUGGCUUCAUAUUGGCUCAUAAAACUGGACUCCACAAAACAACGCAAAGUUUUAGAUAUAGUAAAAUCAAGUGUCCGUACAGUUCUUCCAAGAAUCUGGAGGGUCCCCGAUGCUGAAGAAGUGAGUUUAUACCGGAUUUUCAACCGGGUGUUUAAUCGCUUACUCUGGAGUCAUGGUCAAGGUCUGUGGAGUUGUUUCUGUGAUUCAGGAACUUCUUGGGAGAGCAUCUUCAGUAAGAGCCCGGAGGUGGUGACUCCGCUGCAGCUUCAGUGUUGCCAGCGCCUGGUGGAGCUCUGCAAGCAGUGCCUGCUGGUCGUUUACAGGUACACCACUGAAACACGAGGGCCUAUCACAGGCAUUGGUCCCGACUGGGGCAACUCCAGGCAUUUGCUACCAGGGAGUACCCAAUUCCUCAUGAGAUCAUCACUGUACAACAUGAAAUAUAAUUCACCCGGAAUGACUCGCUCCAAUGUUUUGUUUACAUCCCGAUAUGGCCAUUUGUGAGACUGAGUAGAAGACUGCCAUGGGCUAUACAUAAUAACAAUUCAUUUAUUUUCUUCAGCUGAACCUUAAGGAAGUGGCCCUUAUGUGCUGUUUUAUGUAUAUAUGUCAUAGAAGUGUGUGGAAUACAUACACACAUGCACUCAAGUAACAUAUAAAUAUAUAUUUAUUAUAUGUAAGAAGAAUUAGCAGAAAACUGAAUAUAAGGUUUAACCUUUCUGGAAAUGUAAUAAACCAUAUUAAAGUUGUUUACACAAAUAUGCAAAUGUGUAGAAUUUGCUAGGUUUAUAAUUAAUUACUUCCUACUAGAAAUGUUAUUUUUGCUGCAGAGUAUAUAAAGCAGAAUCGAUCUUGAAGAGCCCAUCACAGUGUUAAAUUAUUUUCUAGAUAACACAGCUUUGACUUCAGAAAGCACUAUUAGUAUCUUAUUACUUCUCUUCCUCACAGUAGCUAUUUAACAGCGAAACACAAAAGACGUAGAAGCCUGGGGCUGGUUUAACAAUAGGAUUCGGAUAAAACGGGCUUGUUGUUACUAUAGCACACCAUAAAGUGCUAGAAAAUACCCCAGCCUGACUCUCCAACAUCUUAUUCCCCUAUAGGGAAAUUUAGCUGCUUGCUCUAGUGUGUAUUUUCAAUAAAGAUCUGAUAAGAUUAUGGUGUGAUCUAAACCGGGAGACAACCCGGAGGUUAAGACUAGAAUGUAAACUUGCUUUAAUUUGACUUUCUAUGGGGAGCCACCUAAAGAAAUGAGAUGAUGUCACACACAGAAACAAGAUGAUGUCACACAUAGAAACAAGAUGAUGUCACAUACAGAAACAAGAUGAUGUCACACACAGAAACAAGAUAGUGGCCGUGACAGAACAUUUGCUGUAUGACUUUUGUCUCAUAGCACUUACUUUUCUUUGGAAAGUGUAUCAUUGAUGAGUUUAAGUUUCUUAAUGUUGACACCAAUUUUCCUUGCAAAGUCUAAUGACCGUAGUUUCUCAUUUCAACUCAGAAAAUUAUCUAAAGACUCUUAAGAGAAGUCUACAUUGAGCAUACGUCACUAUUCACUGAUGUGCCCUGGAGGGGGUCUUUUGUUCAAAGUUCAGUAUGGCAUUGUCUUUCUGUUCAAAGGUAUCCUGCGUGUGUUUCAGAGCAGCAUACUCCCAUGCUCCUUUUUCUUGUCUGCAGUUUCAAAACUAAUGUGUGUGCUUUCAGUUUCCAUACAAAUACAGACAGCACACUCACAAAUUUUUGAACUCAGUAAAUAUAAUAUUUGCUUAAACUUCCUUCCAAUGGUUUUACUCGGAGAUGCUAAGUAUUUGCAAAACUCAUCCUGAAAUCCACUUCCAGUAAAUGGAGAAAUGACUCCAAAGCAGCAGAAGUGAGAGCCCAUUUGUCCCAGGUUCAUUCAAAGUUGGGUUGAUAGUUACCCAAAGUUGUAAGGUAUAUGUAUUUUGCUUUUCAAACCACUUUUGGAAAGUAUUUUUUUACUACAAUAUUCAAUUUUUACACAAAUUUCUACUGGCUAUUUUACUUCUUUAUGGCUGCCUACCCACACACAUUCCAUUUCCUACUGGGUACAUCCCAUAUUAAUUCUGUCUUGUGUUUUUGAAGGAGAAUAAAGCCUCCAAAUGAAGAAAAUGAGUGUGAUAUUUAAGAGUCCAUAUUUUGAAUUUUUCAAUAUGUUACAGUGUUCUUAAAAUAAGUGAUGGAAAUAUUGGAACAUUACAGAAUCUUUAUGGGAUUAAUCAGCAAAUCAGUCCUCUUUAUGGUUUAUUUGUAGUCGUCUUUGUUUUAAAAAUCAUGGAGAAAUAAAAGAACACAAAAAUCAUGGAACUGUGUUUUAAAAUGAUUGGUAAGUGGUACCAACACAGUUUCUUGGUAAUUCAAUUUGUUUAUCUCACAUCACAUGAUCAUUUAAUUAGCUAGAGUGUAUGCUUUGAAACUUCUGUCUUUUACAAGAAAGGCAUUUUUAUUUAAAACCAAAAAAAUUGGGACUGUCCAACAUUAAGAAUUUUCACUUUAGAAACACCCAUCCAUUAAAAACUAAGAGUACAUUUAAAUACAUAACACUGCCAAGUAUUAGGUAAACAAACAUCAUUUCCCUAGCUACUCAAGCAAGGCCUUGUUUCGAGCACUAGAAUUUCAUUGCCUACAUUUUCCUGUUUCAACUAGUUGUAUACAAUGAAGUUGUGCAGAAAGCCAUGUGCUCAUUAUUUAUGUGCAUUACCUGGUGUGCUGUGGACUGUGGCUGUCAUAGCACCAUUCCCUAAUGAGCAGCUAUGAGAAGACAUGAUAAUGAGCCAUGGAAGUCUCAGGAGGCCAUAGACAGGUAUUAGAGGUAUAAAAUAUUCCUUAGUUUUUGUUAUCAAUUUCUUAUGCAUAUGGUUAAGCAUAUCUGCAUAGGAGACUGUAAAUCUCUCUUUCAAAGGAGAAAAAGAAAACCUCAGAAACUACUUAAUCUCACCAGGGUUUUGUUUGUUGUUUUUUUUUGUUGUUUGUUUGUUUUUAGAAUGGAUUUUAGUUUACUUACAAGGGUAUGGAAUAGGUAUAGACAGGCAGCCCUAGUAGUUUGGUUCGUCUCAAGGUUGGAAUACUUCCCUAAACUGUAAGAUAUGAAUAUUUUCCAAAUCGUCCAAGUAGUAUCUUGUUUGUUUUAUAUCAUCACCUACAAACAUAAUCUAAAAUCACAAUUUAGUUUUCGCUUGAGUAAGCCAGCCUUGUGGGUUUGAAUAUAUUAAAAGACCCCAUUGCAAUUCAUUUUACUUUGCAUGAAUUUUAUUUUGUUGUAUUUCACUUAUCUCUAAUAUAGCAACAUAAAGUUUUAUAUGGAGCACAGAGUUAAGCAACUCUGCUGUCUGUAAGGAUUUGCCUAAAUUAGACCAAAUCCCCUAAAGUUUCCAUGACUCCUCAUCUCUAAAGUCCAAACCCAACCCAACCCGCACUCCUUCUUUUACCUAAUAUUGAUGUAUGCACAGAAACUAAGUGGCUCCUAGACUUCAAGUAAAUGAUUUAAUUCAAAUUGUCUCUUUAGCUUGGAAAAUAGAUGAGUAUGGGAUUAUGCUGAUUUGAAAUUUCAGAUGUUUGAAUAUAAAUUCAAUGCUUUCUUCUUUAACAUGUCAAUGUCAUUCUGUGUAAACAUUAUCUUCAAAUUUAGACAUAUGCAAUAUACACUAUUCAAAAUACCAAAAAGAUAUCUGCACACAUGUCAUUAUUUAAUCUUCUAUAAUGCACUGAUUCAUUCUUAAAUAUAUAUUCUUUUAAAAAAUAGUAAAUACCUCAAGAGCGACAGAAACUCCCUUUUCUAUUUAGCAAUGCUAAUUUACAUUUAGAAUCUCAUGCACUUGGUUCUAAGCAUUAACCAACAAUAAAAAUAUAACUGUACAGUUGUGUUACUGUGACCUGGUGAUUUGGGGGCAUUUUCUUUUCUCUUUAAAUUUAGAGCUUCAAGUGUAAAGGGCCAUGAUAUCUACAUAUUGAUCAUUAGAUAUUUAAUUGUUUUUCCACUAAUGUUGGCUUGUAAAUAAAUGAAAACUGUAGAAAUAUAUUCAUAAAGAAAACUUGAUUCCUCACACUACUUUCUCUCAAAACUAUUUUCCUUCUUUAAAUUCCCUUUGAAGCUUUAGCUGUGCAUGGACAAAGAAAAAGAGAAAUAUUGCCUUUUAAACAUUGCUAUUCCUUGAAUUCUUAUAGUGGUGUGUUUUUACCUGAGCAACAAUAAAACUUCAAUGAAAUAUUGGGUAAAGUUCAGUAUACUGAGAACUUUAGGAACAAGGUUGAGGUCUGAAUGCCUAAAACACAUGAAAUAUGUGGAUCUCUGUGAAGUGAGAUACACUUUAACGUCUUACAACAGAAAUUGAUACUUGAAAUGGCACACAUUAAGAUUGCGCCUAUUUUUGAGGGUCUGUCAUGAGGUGGUGUCUGGUGUAUUGCAAGAAAUUUACUCAGGUAGACAUUGUGAUGCUGAGGGUUUUAUCAUCUAGGAAGAACUGUCUAAUGCUUCUCCUUUACACCACCUGUGAACUCGAAAGCUCUUGCCUUGACAAACACAUCACUCAGCAGACUAAUGAGUCUUAAUUAGCAAGAAGGCUUGCCUGUGAAAAGUGGUCAGAUGCUUAUUCUAUUUCUAUCAAAGGCUAGCAGCCAUUCUGGUACUUGAGUUCAUGUAACAACUACUGUACACGCGACAGCAUUGGAAUUUUAAUGGACUUGCAGAGGAGUCUGAAUUCGAGGGUGAGAGAAUACAUUUGCUAACACGAAUCAUGGAUCAAAUUAUUUCUGUGUGUUUUACUUCCUGUAUAUGAAUAUAAAUGAUACAGAAGAUGCUCCUGAAAUGUCAACAAACUGUGUCCUUGGCAUUGCCAUGGCAUGCCCUAGCAUGUGACACCUGUACUUCAAUUACUCAGAUAUGUUACUAUAAUAAAAAUGUCAACAUGA